CCUGUCACCCUGGGGGUCAGGCAGGGGGCCCCAUGGAAAAGGAGGGUAGCUCCCCGUGGGCCAUGGGGCUGCUGAAAACCUUUGAUUCCAGUGAGUUCGUCAGCUGGGAGAAGAUCGGCUCCGGUGGCUUCGGACAGGUUUACAAGGUCCGCCACAUCCACUGGAAAACAUGGCUCGCUAUCAAAUGCUCACCCAGCCUGCAUGUGGACGAGAAAGAACGUAUGGAACUGUUGGAAGAAGCCAAGAAAAUGGAAAUGGCAAAGUUUCGCUACAUCCUUCCUGUUUAUGGCAUCUGUAAGGAGCCAGUGGGCUUGGUCAUGGAAUAUAUGGAGACGGGGUCACUGGAAAAGCUCUUGGCCUCAGAGCCACUGCCUUGGAAACUGCGCUUCCGAAUCAUCCAUGAGACAGCUGUGGGCAUGAACUUUCUUCACUGUAUGUCCCCACCCCUGCUACAUCUGGACCUCAAGCCUGCAAACAUAUUACUUGAUGCCCAUUAUCAUGUUAAGAUUUCUGAUUUUGGAUUAGCCAAGUGCAAUGGACUUUCUCAUUCUCACAAUCUCAGCAUGGAUGGACUUUGUGGAACUAUUGCAUACCUGCCACCUGAACGCAUUAAAGAGAAGACCAGAUAUUUUGACACCAAGCAUGACGUCUACAGUUUUUCCAUUGUUAUUUGGGGAGUCCUCACACAGAAGAAGCCAUUUUCAGAAGACAAUAACAUUCUACAUAUUAUGGUGAAAGUAGUUAAUGGUCACCGUCCAGAACUGCCAGCUCUCCCCAAAUCCAGACCUCAUGCAUGUAAUAAUUUGAUCAAACUGAUGCAGAAGUGCUGGCAGGAUGACCCUAGCAAGAGACCAACAUUUCAAGAAAUCACUUCUGAGACAGAAGAUCUUUAUGAAAAACCAGAACAUGAAAAUAAGGAGAUUAUAGUUGAGGAAGAUACAAAGAAUACUCAGGAGUUGUACGCUAAGAAGAUGUCUGUGUUAUGCCAGCUAAAGCAAGAGUCUGAUCCCACAUCAGCUAAGGAUUUUAGUCUGUCAGAGUUGUUGUCCCAGCUGGAUUCAGGAAUUUCACAGACCGAAGAGCCUGAAGAGCUCAGCCGCAGUGCUUCUGAAUCCAGACUUGCUUCCAGUGACAAGAGGCUUUCCGGGGUAUCUUCUGUGGACUCAGCAUUUUCUUCACGAGGUUCCCUGUCACUGUCAUUUGAGAGAGAGAAUUCUGGAAGUGAUAUUGGCACAACUGAUAUCCAGAAGAGAAAGCUGACAGAGGCUAUCAUAUCUGGGGACACAGGCAAAUUGAUGAAGAUCCUUCAACCUCAGGAUGUUGAUCUUGUUUUAGAUGGGAACUCUAGCCUUCUGCAUUUGGCAGUUGAGUCAGGCCAGGAAGAAUGUGUCAAGUGGCUUCUCCUGUAUAAUGCAAACCCCAAUCUGACCAACAAGAGAGGCUCUACUCCCCUCCAUGUAGCUAUAGAGAGAAAGAAUAAAAGCAUUGUGGAGCUGCUUCUGGCAAGGAAGAUUAAUGUGAAUGCAAAAGAUGAGGACCAGUGGACAGCCCUUCACUUUGCUGCCCAGAAUGGUGAUGAGUUUAGCACAAGAAUGCUGCUUGAGAAGAAUUGCUUGCUGAAUGAAGUAGACUUUGAAGGGAGAGCUCCUAUCCACAUUGCCUGCCAGCAUGGCCAAGAGAACAUAGUGCGCAUCUUCCUGAGAAGAGGGGUUAACAUAGAUAUGAAAGGAAAGGAUGACUGGAUGCCUCUGCAUUAUGCUGCCUGGCAGGGUCACCUACCCAUUGUAAAACUUCUGGCCAAGCAGUCAGGUGUAAACGUGAAUGCACAGACAGUGGAUGGAAGAACCCCAUUGCACCUGGCAGCUCAGAGAGGGCAUUACAGAGUAGCCCGUAUACUUGUAGAGCUGCAGUCUGGAGUCAACAUAAGAAAUAUGUAUCUUCACACUGCUCUCCACAUAGCUGCUGAAACUGGCCACACCAGUACUUCCAGGCUGCUUCUCAACCGGGGAGCGGAUGUCGAAGCAGUAACAGCAGAAGGGUUCACUGUGCUCCACCUGGCAGCUCGCAAUGGCCACCUGUCCACUGUCAAGCUCCUGACUGAGGAAGGUGCUGAUAUCCUGGCUAGAGGCCCUUUGAACAGGACGGCACUCCAUCUUGCUGCUGAAAAUGGACACUAUGAAGUUGUAGAGGAACUUGUCAGUCCAGAAAAUAUAAAUGACCCUGAUGAGGAAGGGUUGGUGGCUUUGCAUUUUGCAGCAAAGGGUGGACACACACAUGCAGUUGAGGUUCUCUUAAAGCAUGGAGCCCUUACCAAUGCACAAAACCUUGCAUUUCAGACCCCAUUGCAGCUGGCUAAGCAGAGUGGGCACGGUCCUGUUAUCAUGCUUCUCAGUGAGACAUAAGUGAAUAGAUGCUGCUUGCUUAGGGUUAAUCUUUCCAAUGAGACUUUGGAGGCCUACUUUUGGGGAGGGUCUACUCGGACUAUGACCGUGGUACAUGUCUCUGCUUAACAUUUGUGGGUGAAUCUGAAUUCUAGCCAAGCAGAAGCUACCUGUUGAUGUAGCAAUGCAGUCAAAUGAACUGAGUGAGAAUGGGAGCAGGAGCCAGCAAAAUCAUGAGUACAGUCUGCCACUUUUCGAGAACACAGAGCUGAGCAAGCCAUAUAUAAAGAUACUGUACUUCAGCAAAGAAGGGCUUGACUCACUCUGUGGUGUGAGGGACAUCUUUUAAUACAGUUAAGCAGGUGCUUGUCUUUUUUACUGUGUAGAGUCCAUUAUCUAAUAUUUCAAUUUUUUUACAUUCAUACAAAUAAUAGGAGGGACAUAAUGUCAUUCUAAAAUAUUUUUUGAAAUAAUUUGUUUGCAUAUUUUAAUUAUGCAAAAGUCUAUCUGAAAAUUUGCAUUGAUGCAUGAAAAGUAGUUUUAAUUGGUUCUUCAUAGAAUCAUAGAGUUGGAAGGUAUCACCAGGGUCUUCUAGUCCAGCCCCCUGCACAGUGCAAGAAAUUCACAAAUACUUCCCCCUAAAUUCAUAGGAUCUGCAUUGCUGUCAGAUGGCCAUCCAGCCUCUGGUUUAAAAACCUCCAAGGAAGGAGAGCCCACCAUCUCCAGAGGAAGCCUGUUCCACCGAGGCACUGCUCUGUCAGGAAGUUUUUCCUAAUAUUGAGCCAGAAAUUCUUUUGAUUUAAUUUCAACCCAUUGGUUCUGGUCCUACCUUCUGGGGCUACAGAAAACAAUUCUGCACCAUCCUCUAUAUGAUAGCCUUUCAAGUACUUGAAGAUGGUGAUCAUAUCACCUCUCAGCUGCCUCCUCUCCAGGCUAAACAUGCCCAGCUCCUUCAGCCUUUCUUUGUAGGACUUGUUUCCAGACCCCUCACCAUCUUUGUUGCUCUCCUCUUGAAAUAUCAGUUUCCAAAACUCAAGAUUGUUUGGGUGGUGGUGGUUGGGGGGAAAGAAUGUGUAAAAUACUGAUUUUAAUGCUUCACAUGUCUUUGUUCUCAGAUGGUCACAGUUUUCCAUGGUUGUCAUUUGCUAGUGCUUGCAAUAAGAACCAUAAGACCCUAAUGCUAACUAAAGUUGGUGACACAUAGGAAUUCAUUUCUGAAAUACAGUACUAGCUUUUGUCUAUAUGGGAUGUACAUCAGGAUGAGCACUGUCAACACUGGAAACAAGGGCCAGAAGGAAACUUGGAGCCCACAAAAGCAGGUGCAGACCCCAGUGUGGCACUCUCCCACUCUUAAUGGUUCUUGGUCUUUAUGCUGCUUCAUUAGUUUUUCAGGGUCCUCAGUCUUUUAGCUGAUGCUGAAGUCCAGUGGGCUGAUGCUACUAAAAAAUUAAGCAGUUUAAGACCUAUAAAAAACGUUCAGUUGUUCCCCUCCCCUCCAGGUAUGGAUAGUAUCAUUGAUAGCUGUCUCUGUGUUAAUGUGAAUGGAAGAAAAUGUAAGAAGGGGUGCCUGGUAAUUGUUGCCUAAUAUUGAAUCAGACCAUUGGUCUAUGAAGGUCAAUGCUGUCUACUCUUGACUGGCAGCAGCUCUCCAAGGGUUCAGGUUGAGAUCUUGUACUGCACCUCCUACCUGAUCUUUCUGACUGGAGAUGUGGGGGAUUGAAUCUGGGAUGCUCUGCAACUGAGCUAUGGCCCCUCCCCAUGAGGAAAACAGCAUUCAAAAAGUAUAACAGACUAGAAACUUAAAAGCAGUUUAAAUAGUGUAGAUUACAGAACCACGUGUACAGUAGUCUUCUGAAUGAAUUAACUGUGUUGACAGACUAAUAAAAAUAUACUGUGUAUAUAGUAUUUCAGUCCAUUGUACAUGGUUUUUCUAAAACAGAAAAUUGAGACUCUUCAGAUUCGGGUAUGUUUUAAUACACCUUUUAAAUGUUUGUUUUCAAAGUUUGAAUAUGAUCUGUUUUAUCAAUAAAAGUUUGUUCUACUUAA